AUCAGCCAUUUCUGAUUUUACCCUCGUUUCAGAAAGUACGCUUCUUUUUAGCGGCUGUUCUUCCUCGUCGAAAUCCCACUCUCACCAAAAAUAGAAAUUGGGGGGUCGUCCGUACGGUUCUUGCUUUAACUUUUUCAUUUUCCUUCUCGGCCUUAUCCGAAACGGUUAAACUGCGCCCGGUAACGUCAGGUUCUUUCUUUCUUCUUUUGGGAGGAGGCAGCAGCAGUUAGUGUUGGUUGAGUUGGUGUUUUUGCUGAUCGGUGGUGGUAGGUGUUGAUAAACAUUAGUUUGAACAUGAGUUCAGACAGCCGGAGCCGAAGCAGGAGCAGGAGCCGGAGCCCCAUGGAUCGUAAGAUCCGAUCUGAUCGCUUUUCUUACCGUAAUGCACCCUACAGGAGGGAGUCUCGUCGGGGUUUCAGUCAAAACAAUCUAUGCAAGAACUGCAAACGGCCAGGCCACUACGCUAGAGAGUGCCCAAAUGUGGCAAUUUGUCACAAUUGUAAUCUCCCUGGGCACAUUGCUUCAGAAUGCACCACCAAGUCUCUAUGCUGGAAUUGUCGUGAACCUGGCCACACAGCUAGCAAUUGUCCAAACGAGGGAAUCUGCCACACCUGUGGGAAGGCUGGACAUCGGGCCAGAGACUGCACAGCACCCCCAAUGCCACCUGGGGAUGUGAGGUUAUGCAAUAAUUGCUAUAAGCCUGGUCAUAUUGCAGCUGAUUGUACAAAUGACAAGGCGUGCAACAACUGUAGGAGGCCAGGUCACUUGGCACGUGAUUGUACAAAUGAUCCCAUCUGCAACUUGUGCAAUGUAGCUGGACAUGUGGCAAGGCAAUGCCCGAAAGCCAACAUUAUUGGAGAUCGAGGUGGUGGUGGUCGCAGUGGUGGUUACCGAGACCAUCGAGAUAUUGUGUGUCGAAACUGCCAUCAGCUUGGUCAUAUGAGUCGGGAGUGCAUGGGCCCUUUGAUGAUCUGUCACAACUGUGGUGGAAGAGGACACAUGGCAUAUGAGUGUCCUUCUGGGAGGUAUAUGGACCGUUAUCCUCGGAGGUACUGAUGAUGCGGCUUAAGUCAGUGGCAAUUAGUAUUAUGCUUUACUUGUGAUUGAAGGUUUGGAACUAGAUAGACUUAAUUUUGGAUUUUAGUGUAGUAAUUGCCGGAGUCGAUGUGAAGCACUUAUUAUUUUUCUUAGAACAUUAUAAUUAUGGUGCAUUGUUUGGAAUAAAAGAUUUAUUACCACAAACCCAGCUUGUAGAUUACUCAA